GUCUUUCAAGCUUUUAGGCUCUGAUCACUACCGGCUGCCGUCACUGCUGGGAACUUGCAGCACCUUCAAAGAGCUGCUAGCUGCUGACUUGCAAGAGGAACGGAGAAAUAUGGCUCUACCCGGUACAGAAACUCUUCGUUUUCGACGACCGACCACAGGACCUAAUGCCAUUAAACCUAACAAGGACAAAGCUGGGAAAGACAAAGAUACUUUCGGGACAUUAGGACAAGCAUGGAAACGUCGACAUGGAGGUUUAUUACAGGAUCAAGUUGGAAGACAAAGUAAUGGACCUUUUAUCCCUUCCAUGUCUUUCGCAGUGAGGUUGUUAUUACUUAUGAGAACUACUGGAGCUAUGUAUAAUGUUAUUGCGGAUUGUGAUGAGGUCUUCAACUUCUUCGAACCAUUACAUUACUUCCAAUAUAAUUCAGGAUUUCAAACAUGGGAACUCUCACCAGAAUUCGCAAUACGUUCUUGGGCAUAUGUAUUAUUACAUUGGCCAUUGGCGUAUAUAGGACCUAAAGUACUCGGUUUAGGCAAGAGACAAGCCUUCUUCGCAUUACGGAUAUUCCUAGGUGCUAUUUCGUCAUACUGCGAAGCUCGGUUUUUCCGCGCCGUCGUACAUACCGUCAAUGAAAGAGUGGGAAGGUAUUUGUUAUUCAUGAUGAUGCUCAGUGCUGGAAUGUGGGGUGCGAGUGUAUCCUUCCUCCCUUCAAGUUUCACAAUGUACACAACUAUGUUAGCUGCAGCCGAAUGGCUACAUCCCUCCACUUCGACACCAGAAGGGAUCAAACAUGCCUACAGAGGUACGUUCUUCGUGGCUGUCGGGGCGAUUGUCGGUUGGCCUUUCAGUGCGGUGUUGGGUAUACCCUUCGUCUUUGAAUAUCUAUUCUUGACGGGAGGUGAUGCCGUUGUUGGGAAAGAACGAUCAGAUUUGUAUAAGAAAAGAUGGAUGACGAUGAGUAAAGCUGUGAUCGGAGCAGCUUGUGUAGCUAUCCCCAUCUACCUCAUUGAUUCGUGGGCUUACGGUCGACAAACAUUCCCGACUUUCAAUAUCUUGAUAUACAAUCUCUUCCCAUCCCUCUCUUCCUCUAAAAUAGGUGGACCAGAUCUCUACGGUACCUCUCCCAUCCAUUUCUAUUUCCUCAAUCUCCUCCUUAAUUUCAACUUCCUUUUCCCACUUUCUCUCCUUUCCCUCCCACUAUUAUGUUUGACUUGGAAAUACGAUUACAGACGUCUUGGAAAAUCUCAAAUGCGACCUAAACCAGGUGAAACAAGUCCUUACACUCUCCUCUUCAUGCGUCUCCUUCCUUUCUAUCUCUGGUUCACCAUUCUCAGUCUUACACCACAUAAAGAAGAACGUUUCUUAUUUCCUUCUUACCCAUUAUUAUGUUUCAACGCUUCGGUAUCUCUUUAUCUUCUUAGAGGAUUAAUUGAAGGUCUUUUCAUCAAAUUGACGAAUUCGCCAUACCGAGCUUCGAGAUCAAACAUCUUUCCAACUUUCACACUUCUCGUCGUCAUAUUUACUGGGUUGAUAUCGAUCGGAAGAUUAGUAGGAAUGUUUAAAUGGUAUCAUGCCCCUUUAGAUCUAGCAUAUCAUUUCGAAUAUAAUACAAUACCCUCUUUGCUUUCUUCUUUAGGAUACACACCUAAACCACCACCGAAAGAUUUCAAACAGAGAGAAGGGGAGGUUAUCGUUCCUGAAUGGGAUUACACACCUUUGGAGGAAUUAGAUGAGAAGAUCACCAUGUGUUGGGCGGGGGAAUGGUUUAGAUUCCCAGGGAGUCAUUUGUUUCCAGAAGGGAUAGAUGUAAAAUGGGUCAAGACGGAAUUUGAUGGGAUGAUGCCUAGGAAAUGGGAACCGAGUGGGGAAAAUAAGGUGGGUUGGUGGCCCAGAGAAGAAACCAGGGUGGUGAGACCGGGCAGGUUCAAUGGGCAGAACAAAGCUUCUCUGGAGGUGGGAACUUAUUUCGCAGUGGAGAACUGCACAUAUCUCGUCGACCUCUCACUCCCCUCGAAGCCCAUCACCGAGCUGGAACCAGAUUACACCUCAGAUGAGCGAUUCAUAAGAGAAUGGUGCACCACUUUCCUUGAUGGACCCAGUAGCAGGUGGUGGGCUAGACUGAUCUGGCUUCCGUGGGAUUUGGGGGACGAAGGCAGGGUAUAUGGAAAAUAUUGUCUUUUACGGAGAAAGUGAGGGUUUCUGAGACGAAAAUAGAGAGGGCCAACGGUCGUCAGAGGUGGUACCCGAUGGCACAAGCGGUGCACCUCUGAACACCAUCAAUGAUCAAACCAAAAGUAUACCAUGCAAUGCAUUCAGCGCCUAG